UUUUGACAAGUGAUAAGUAACGUAGUACUUCAGGUGGUUUUACAUGAACUAAUAAGUUACCGCUUGCCAUUUUACCAUCAAUUUUCAAAAUGGCGAACGUUCUUCGGUGUUCAAGACAUCUUUUAAGAAGACCAAUCUGCUUAAUCCCAAGACGAUAUGAACAGCACAGUAUAGAAAAAGAACCAAUAAAGACAACAGUGACUUUUAUAACAGAUGUCAAAGACAAUCAUGGUAUUUUGAACACUCCGCCGUUUGUUACAUCAUACAGCAAUCGCGGUUUUCAUCUCAAGGGUAUCAAAGUGUUCGGUUCUGUAGCAGUUCUUCCUUCAGCAUUUUACCACUGGCGGGUCGUAAAACCUGAAGAUAUAACUGCAGAGAGUCUGGCUCUUUUCACAAUAAUGGAACCUCCUAUAGAAAUUGUGGUCGUGGGGACAGGAGAGAAGAUAUUACGUUUAGACCCUGAAAUUCGCAGCUAUUUGAAGAAGCAUAACAUUCUCUUGGAAGUUCAGGAUACAGCAAAUGCAACUGCUACAUUCAACUUUCUUCUUGAAGAAGCAAGGAUGGUCGGGGGUGCUUUUAUACCACCACGGACAGUAGAGGAAGACUGACAGCCAAUCUGCGACAGUAAGAAAAGAUGUUGAUUGUGCAGUGAACUACAGCAGAGAGAGCUCCUAAAUAUCAUGUAGGCACUGAAAGAUGGCAAUAACACGAAGGGAACUUUUGACAACUCACUCAUUUCAGUUAUUUGAAAUCUCUUUAUCUUCAAUGGUAAAGCAGGAGACUUAUUUAAUAACGCAAUUUCUUGGACAAUAGAAAGGAGGUAAAGGCUUGUCAUAGACCAGUACAUAACAAGACAUUGUCAUUCCAUACUAUGAGAAUGAACUAAAAGUAAUUGUCUGUACUGGAGGAAGCUCUUCAAAAUUGUCGUGCUUUUCCUAAUUGAAAGCUUUGUACCAGAGAGAACUGAAUUUUGUUCAGUCCUGGCUAGCUCCUUCAUGCAGAAUCACUAAGCAAAGCCCUGUAAAGACAGUUUUGGGAAUGUUAAGACAAUUCAUGUGCAUUCUGGUAUUUUAAACAAGUGCUGAAAAGUUAUCUUGAUAUCAUCACAAUGGUGGCUGAACUUUUUUGCUACAGGCUUAGUGUAGUUGCAGCAGUCCAGCAAUUACAAGAGGUUAAGUGGUUCUGAUUAUAAAGUUAGAUAGGUCGGUUCUAAAGAACCAGAUUAACUAUACGGAUCUUAGAUUUGAGCACCAUGCACAGUAUCUAGCCACAAAUUUUAACCCAUGAAAGUACAAAAAUCAGCCUGUGCACCCUCACCACUUUCAUGUGGGAUUCUGAGGGACAAAGACUUGACAGAGAGUUGUGACAAUCCAAGCUACUAUGCAGCAUCACUACUAUUGCUUUUGUGCAUGUUUUUUUUUUUUUUUUUUUUUUUAUUGUGUAAAAUCAUCAUUUGAGUUUUUAGGUGGUUUUAAGACAAGUCUGUAUGUAACAGAACCACCUAAAAUAUCUUAGUUUAGCUCUAUCAUUGUUUUAAAGACUAGUGUAUCCUUGGUUCAUUAAAUAAAUGCACUUGUCAAAGAUGUUGUUGUGCAGAGUUAAAAUAUUCAGCAGGUCACAAGUAUGGGAGAAAGGAAAAAUCGGAGUCCCCAGUGGAUUCAGAUCGCAAGUUGGGAACUCAAA